AGAAAUGUCAAUUGUCAUAGACUACCCGCAAUUUUUUAGAUUGUACUGAAGUAGGUAGGAAAUAGGAAACCAGGUCUAUGUUUUUUAGAAAGUCAGCGACCACUUUUAGUUUUAUUUUUAAAUAUACAAUUUUAACUGAAUUUUACAAGAGUAGAAAAGUAGCCUUUUAAAUUAAACUGUACUGUAUACCUCGUGAAACAAACUUUUUCGUGUUACGACGCUUCUGCUUAGAACAUGAGACAGGCCACUUGAUAUUCGAUGCAAGCGCUGAAGGCGUUCAUUCCACAUCAAACUCUCGACAGAAGCGCACGAUGGCAUCGACUUACCAAAAUAAUCCGUCUAUCGCUAAUUUCGUCGAGUACUUGAAAAUACCCAGUGUCCAACCGAACAUUGAUUACAGUGAUUGCGUUAAAUUCUUAACGAGACAAGCGAACGAAAUUGGUUUAGCCGUAAAAGUAUACGAGGUCGUACCGACGAAACCGAUCGUCGUUUUGACAUGGACCGGAAAAGAACCAAAUCUGCCGGCAAUAUUAUUGAAUUCGCAUAUGGAUGUUGUGCCGGUUUUCGAAAACAGUUGGACAUAUCCACCGUUUAGCGGACACAUAGACAACGACGGAAAGAUUUUCGCAAGAGGCUCCCAAGACAUGAAAUGUGUUGGUAUCCAAUAUUUAGAAGCGAUAAGGAAAUUGAAAGCCGCCCAAGUUACAUUGAAAAGAACUCUUCAUAUUUCCUUCGUUCCUGACGAAGAAAUCGGCGGCCAUGAUGGCAUGGAGAAAUUUGUUAAAAUGAAUGAAUUUAAAGCUCUCAAUAUUGGUUUCGCUUUGGAUGAAGGAAUGGCAUCUCCUAACGAGGAUUUCAUUGUUUUUAACGGGGAAAGGAGUAUAUGGCAAACUCACGUACAUUGCACUGGCCAGCCCGGACAUGGUUCCCUGUUGAUUCCCAACACUGCCGGAGAAAAGAUUAGAUACAUCAUCAACAAGUUCAUGGACCUUAGGGAGGAACAGAAGAGAAUUUUGGACGGAGAUCCGAAACUGACCAUCGGUGACGUCACUACCGUUAAUUUAAACCAGCUUUACGGUGGCGUGCAGUCGAAUGUGGUCCCGGAAAAGCUGACGGCCGUUUUCGAUAUACGAUUGGCCGUCACCGUCGAUCACGUGGAGUUUGAAGCCAUGAUCAAUCAAUGGUGCAAAGAGGCCGGUGAAGGCGUCACCAUCGAAUUUGAACAGAAAAAUCCUUACGUUGAGUGUACUAAGGUAGACGCUUCUAAUCCUUUUUGGACCGCCUUCAAAGCAGCUACUGACGAAUUGCAACUUAAGUUGGACAUCAGGAUCUUUCCCGGCGGCACUGACAGCAGGUACAUAAGGCGCGUCGGGAUACCCGCUAUCGGUUUCUCUCCAAUGAACCGCACCCCGGUUCUCCUGCACGACCACGACGAGUACAUCCACUCUGACAUAUACCUCAGAGGCAUAGACAUAUACGUGAACAUAAUCAAAGCCGUGGCCAAUGUUUAAUACAUACAUGGUCGUUUGAUUAACAUUUUCACAAACAAAUCAAACAGUGGGCUUAGUGCGAGUUUUUUAAGGCUUCGUCAAACAGAACGCGUACUUAGCGCGCGUCAGAGCGUUAAACUGACGGUGCGCUAUGACGCCAAGAUGUGUUGUACUGCUAUGGUAACAUACUGUCAAACAGAGCGCCAGCGCUAUAAGUACGCAACGCUCUGUCGCUGCGUUAGGACGCUUUGACGUCAGGCGUUGUAAUUUCUUACAAAUUUCAUUUAGCGUCCGAGUGAAUAUGUAUUAAAAUACUGGAUAAUGCCCGAAAAAUUUAUAGAAUUAGUUAGGAAAUACCCAUGUUUAAACAAUGUCACAUCUGAAUCACUCGACAUCUUAAUACUUUUAAAUUUUCACAUUGCUAUCGAAAGGCACUAUGAUUUGACGUUACGUUGCGUCAAGGAGCGUUGAAUUCAUCAAGUCGAUUUGUGUGACAUAUAAAGGCUUCGUCAAACAGAACGCGUAAUUAGCGCGCGUCAGAGCGCUAAACUGACGCUGACUGAGCGCUAUGACGCGCGCUAAGUACGCGUUCUGUUUGACGAAGGCUUAAAGAGCGCGACGUUAAAACGCAGUGCUAAGUACGCGUUCUGUUUGACGAAGCCUAUACUGAGAUGUAACUAUACUGAGAUGUAACUAUACUGAGUUGUAAUUAUACUGAGAUUUUAGAACUUAUAUCUCACGGUGGGUGGCGCAUUUACGUUGUAGAUGUCUAUGGGCUCCAGUAACCACUUAACACCAGAUGGGCUGUGAGCUCGUCCACCCACCUAAGCAAUAAAAAAAAGCCUUUAACGUUCUCGAUAUCGUAAAAGUUAACUCGAAUUUGUAUGCAGUUGGAAUAGCGCCCCUAGCGGCGAACGCAGGGAAACGUUGCAAAUCCAUACAAAUUUGAGUUAACUUGUACACUAUCGAGAACGUUAAAAAAUUCACACUAAGCACUCUCGAUAUUCGUGAAAAUUUUACUAUUAAAGAUAUAUAUAAAUAUCAUUGAGCUGCUGAAUACAGAUUACCCAAUUCAGUCAUAUCAGGGUUUUAUGGAUAUACAAAAUGUUCAACAAAGUGACAAUUCAUUCUAUACUAAUAAUUGAAAAUUACGAAAUGACCACGGUCUGUAAUUUUUUCACGCCCAACUCGAUGUAUCGAUUUUGUUGGAAAUCGGCAUAAAGAGAAACAAUAUAAUAUUGUACUACUACGUUUCGUCCCGCUGUUUUAGGCCGAUUAGGUCUAUUCGAGAACUACUGUAUUAAAAAAUACUAAUAUUUUAUUAAAAUGUAUUAUCGUGGUGUGACCAUCGUUAACUAAAGUUACUAUAUUAUUAAUAUCCUUCCAAUUGUGACGUAUGAAAGUUUUAUAACAUAAAGUUUUACUUGAUUUUUUGUUUCCUCUUGAUUUCGUUAUCGUAAUAAAUUAUUAGAAAAAAAAGACGUGUAUGUAUGAUAUUAAAAAAUCUUUAUUUAAACGCACAUUAUCUGAUAACGUUUUUGCAAUAUGCUUAUUAUUACUAUAUAAUAAUAUUAUAUUAAUAAAACAUAAAGAUCAUGUUAAUGUAAAUAUAAUUGUAUGCAGCGGCUUGGCUCUGCCCCUGGAAUUGCUGAGGCCCAUAGGCGACGGUAACCAUUACCUUCAGUAGGCCGUAUGCUCGUCUACCUACAAGGGUAAUAAAAAAAGACGGGAUGACAGCUCACAUUUGAUAUGACCGUCUCAUGUAUGGCCUCUUUAGAGCUUUGUUGUUUGAAAUGCAGCCUUAUUACAAUACUAGUGAGACUCAUGUUGUCUCAAGAUCUGGGGCGAAAUUCACUGUACGUCUGUGGGCCUUUGUGUCCAUUGAACAUCAGGUGAACCGCAAUAGGACCCUAAAAUAAAAUAAAAUAUGAUUUGUGAUUAUCCUAAAGGUGCAAGGAUAUUUUAAGUGUAAAGUAUUUAAUACUGCCCUAGUAUAUGUAUGUAUAUCAUGUUGUCUUUUAGUUUAUAGUAUAUAGGGUGUGUUGGAAACGAAUUACGCUAUGUAUACUCUGUGUACAAGUAAAGUAAAUUGGUACAUUUUAUAGGGAAGAGUGGCGUGCGGAGACAAUUUAUUGUUUGAUAUUUCGGGCUCACGAAAUAUGAAUUUGCUAAGAUGACAAAUAUUUAUGCUUUGUUUACUAAUUUAAUAAUGUUUUCCGUAAACUACACGCCAGUAGCGAAUCCUCUGUUUGAUUUAGAAAACGAUUUCAGGACACCCUGUAUAUCUGCUAUGAUAUUACUUGAGUCGCAUUGUGUUGUAACAAAAUUUUAUUUUAUUAUUUUAUUUAAUGUGCGAAGACUUGAAGAAAUUGUGUAUUUGUUGUCAAUUAUUUUAAAAGAUAAAACUAUAGUUUAAUGUUUUUGUUCUAUAUUAAAGUGCUAUAUUAAAAUUUGUUUAUUAAAAUGUUGAAUUAAUUUGUUGAACCAAUAAAAUCUUUGGAGUAUAAA